GCAUAUAACAUUGAUCACGUGACGACGUGACAAACAAAAUCGCCAUUGUUGUUCUCACUUGCUUUGUUGUUGAAGUGCAUGGGUUCGCAGUGCGAAAAUGACACUAGCAAGAGCACUAAAUUCAAUAUUAUUACAAGAUGUUAAAAGAUAUAUACCAACAAAUAUUAUUCAAAAUUAUAGUCAAUAUCCAUCACAUUAUGUAAAACCAAUUUAUAAAAAAGAAGAACAGGAGCAAUUAAAUGAAACUGAAGAAGCAAGACAAAUGGCUCAUAUGCCUAUUAGAGCAGCACUUACUUCUGAGACAUCAUCUGAAUUUCAUGAUGAACGUAUUAAGAAAUUUAUAAAUUAUAUUAUGCGUGAUGGUAAGAAAGCAGUAGCUAGAGCAAUACUAGAAAAAGCAUUUGAACAUAUUAAAAUGAUGCAAUUAGAGCUAUACAAUAAUUCUACCCCUGAACAAAAGGCAAAUAUUUUAUUGGAUCCAAAAGAAGUUUUUUAUCGAGCUGUAGAACAUUGUACACCAAUGUUGCAACUACAUACAAUAAGGAAAGGUGGGAUUGCUUAUCAGGUUCCAAUACCAAUGAAUGAUAACAGGGCUAGAUUUUUGUCAAUGAAUUGGAUAAUUAAAACAGCAGGCCAAAAAGAUACUACACAAACAUUUUCUUAUACGUUAGCAAAGGAAAUUAUUGAUGCUUCCAAUAAUAAGGGUCGAGUUAUUAAAAGGAAACAAGAUUUACAUAGGCAGUGUGAAGCGAAUCGUGCUUACGCGCAUUUUAGAUGGACAUAAAAAAAAACUACAAUCAUAUAAAACUGUAGGCAUUUAUUUCAACAGAAUAAAACUAUUAUUAUAAAUUUAUAUCUAAAGAAUCAAUAUUACAUACCAAAUAUAUUUAUAAAAUGUUCUUUGUGAACUUUUCGUCCACUAUUUGCUAGUUUUAACUUUUCUUUACAAUUUUUAAUGUACAAUACUCUAUAAAUCUGGGAACAAGGAUUUAAAGGAAUUUCUGAAAGAGGUAAAAUACUAUCAAUAUCAGUUGUUAGAUCUACUCUUUCACCCCAAUAAUUAGUAUAUGCAAAUAUUACACUUUCAUCAUUAUUUCUUAAAUAUAUAUGUCCAAUCAUAUUGUUGCACAUUAGAGUAACCACAUGGAUUGAAAUUGUGAUUAGACCACCUAAAUGUAUAAUAAAAAAUAUUAAUAUGAAUAAGAUUAAAGACAUCUUGAUACAAAA